GGGGUUCAAGAUUGAGGAAUUGAUGGAUGAAGCGGAGAGAGUGUAACCUUCCUCUCUUUCAUGACUUUCUCGGUGUAUUAUACAUGUGUGUAGGAUAUAUAGAUGUGACAAGAUACAGACUUUGAUUGAUAGGGGAGAAGAGAGAGAAUAGAGGAAAAGUGAGACAAGGAGACAAGGAUACAUUAUAUCAUAUAACUGAAUGGUGACCCAGCCAGCCUAUAACCAUGGUUCACAAUGAUAUAAUAUACUGUCCGCCCUACCAAUCCACGUAGUUGCCUAGCAUAUCUACUUCUAGGUGCUCUAUUCACUGCAACUGCCAAGAUUAAUUACUUUUACAUCUAUUCCAUUCUCUUUCUAGAAUCUCUCCCUAUCACUUUGUUUUGGCAACCCCUCUGCUUACCUAUCUACAGCCUCAAGAUGAGUGCUCAGAGCCCCUCCGCCACGUCGAAAGAGAUCCUGCUGGUAUCUCCUGUAUCACCCAUCACUGGUACCCUCUCUGCCGGAAUGAAACGAAAGAUAGUGCCGUCCCUAGAGUCCGCCCAAAGCCGCAAGAUCACGAUUAUUGCACCUGAAGGGAUCUUUGCAUCAGAGGAUAGGAUCUCUAUCAAUGCAUCUCCCAUUUUCGCGGCAGCCAGAAGGUUAUUCCCAACUGGCGAGGCCUAUAUCGAGCAACGAGUGUCCCUGAAGGCAUCGCAUGCGCACCCCGAUCCGUCCCCUCCAUGGCGAACACAUGUCGACGUGCCGCCCUCUCGAGACAUCGUCCUACCGUUUGAUUUGACGCGCAAUCCUGAAGCAUACAGCAAUCCUGAAAACCAAGAACUCCUAAUGCAGGUAUUCCGCGACUGUAUCGCGCUUUCCUUCGGCCGGGGAAUUCUCAUCUUUCAGCUCCUGGCUCUCCCCCCUCGCCCAUGGCCCCAGAAAAUCGCCGGCGCUCCCUGUUAUCUCACAGAUGUCGAAUUUGACUGGGGUCCAGUCGCGCCGUUGGAUCGACGAAGCAUGUCGAGGAUUUUCCUCGAAGACAAUGAGGAUUACCGCGAUGAUAGCAGCAAAGCCAAUACCCUCUUCGAUCAUCUGAUCUCAUGGUUCGAAGAAGCAGAGAUAUCCAUCACCGAGCUGAUGUACUGGGACAACCAGGUGGUUAUUGUCCUGGAAGAUGAGCGUACUGACCUAACCAAAGUCCCCAAGUCUAUCGCUUGCUGCCUAUGCUACUAUCUCUUGGAAAGCGAGAUGCAUCGCCCAAGACAUGUUUCUGCGCUCCGCCGUGUAGACAUACCGGUUGAAGGAGGGAUAGACGACAGCGCUUACUGCCCGCUCCGGCCUGGGGUGAUGCUCGGGUCUGGAGGGAUGCUCACCUCCUCUGGAGUCCUAGUGAAAGACAGGCUAGGCAAUCAAUAUCUAACUGUGGCCUCUCAUGGUCUUCCCGAGGGAGCUAAAGUCUUGCAGCCGAGCAAUGAGGGCCGCGAGAUUGGCGAACUCGUCAUGGAGAUCCCUCACACAGAUGUGGGUUUGGUAAAGCUCCACGAUGGUGAGAAUUACAUCAACGAGACCUUCGAGAACACGCUAAAGCUCCGUCAAUUCAAACGCGAGAGAGAAAUCCGAGGCGGUGAUCCGAUCGCCAUGAACACCCCCUUCACCGGAUACAUGGAAGGGGUUGCCGGUCUUCCUGGCCGGAUACGCAUGCAAGCGAACGACAAUCCCUUCAAGCCACGCCGACCCUGGGUUCCAUGCAGAUGGGACUACUUCGGUCAAAACUCCCAUCACCACCUCAAUAACGGCAUGUGUGGCUCUCCUAUAUACGAUCAAGAGGGCCGUGUGGUCAGUUUCUUCCGGUAUGCGCCCAAGAGCGGAUAUUUCCUGGACUAUGUCUGGUCCAUCUCUGCGGAGGUUCUUCUUGAAAAGGGAUAUACAGUGGUUUAGCCAACAGAGAUAUGGUUCGCAUGAUCCCUAAGCGCAAGACAUGAAUUAAAAGAGGAGCUGGGUCUUAUAUAGAAACAAAUUAGAUGAACAAUAGCCUAUGAUUGAUGAACUUGGCAAG